AGAUUAACCUGCUAAUCAUAAAUUUUCGAAAUCACAGAGCGAAAAACAGAGGAUUCGGAUUCAAUUCAGAAAAUCGUUUUUGAAAAUGGCUCUCGCUGUUACUUCUUCUUCUUCUGCUUCGAUCUCUGGUCGCACCUUCACUCCCUCCUCAGAACCCAGAGCUCCGCAAUUGGGUUGCAUUCGGGUGUUUGAUCGAUCGUACGGUCAAAUUCAAAGCAAUGCCGUGACGUUUUCUCAGCGGCGGAGCUCGGUGAAGCCGGUGAAUGCGCAGCCGAAGCGGAGCGAGUCGAUUGUGCCUUCUGCAGCGACGGUUUUUGCUCCUGAGGUGGUUGAGAAAGUAGAGGUGGAGGACUAUGCCCAAUUGGCUAAAGAGCUCGAGAAUGCUUCCCCUCUUGAGAUUAUGGACAAGGCGCUUGAGAAAUUCGGCAACGAUAUCGCCAUUGCUUUCAGUGGAGCUGAGGAUGUUGCUUUGAUCGAGUAUGCGCAUUUAACCGGUAGACCCUACAGGGUUUUCAGCUUGGAUACUGGGAGGCUGAACCCUGAAACAUAUCAAUUCUUUGAUACAGUCGAGAAGCACUAUGGCAUCCGCAUUGAAUACAUGUUUCCAGAUGCUGUUGAAGUUCAGGCAUUAGUAAGGACCAAAGGGCUGUUCUCUUUUUACGAGGAUGGGCACCAGGAGUGCUGCCGUGUGAGGAAGGUGAGACCCCUGAGGAGGGCCCUCAAGGGGCUGCGUGCCUGGAUCACCGGACAACGGAAAGAUCAAUCUCCAGGGACUAGGUCUGAAAUUCCUGUUGUCCAGGUUGACCCUGUUUUCGAGGGACUGGAUGGCGGUGCUGGCAGCCUGGUGAAGUGGAACCCAGUGGCAAAUGUUGAGGGUCAUGACAUAUGGAACUUCCUGCGUGCCAUGAAUGUACCUGUGAAUUCACUGCACUCUAAAGGGUACAUCUCGAUUGGUUGUGAGCCAUGCACAAGGUCAGUCCUACCUGGGCAACAUGAGAGAGAAGGAAGAUGGUGGUGGGAGGAUGCCAAGGCUAAGGAAUGCGGUCUUCACAAGGGCAACAUUAAACAGGAAGGAGGAGGCGAGAAUGGCAAGGCUGCACAGUCAAAUGGUGCUGCCACGGAAACUGAUAUAUUCACUUCCCAGAAUCUAGUCACCUUAAGCCGAACUGGAAUAGAAAAUUUGGCAAAACUUGAGGACCGGAAAGAACCAUGGAUUGUAGUGCUCUAUGCACCGUGGUGCCAGUUCUGCCAGGCAAUGGAAGCAUCAUACGUUGAAUUGGCUGACACGUUGGCCGGGAGCGGUGUGAAAGUAGGGAAGUUCAGAGCAGAUGGCGAGCAAAAGGAGUUUGCCCAGAAAGAGCUGCAGCUUGGAAGCUUCCCCACCAUACUUUUCUUCCCCAAACACUCUUCUCAGCCGAUCAAGUACCCAACAGAGAAAAGGGAUGUUAAUUCAUUGUUGGCUUUCGUCAAUGCCCUCCGGUAACCAACCGAAAUUUUGAAAUGUUUGCAGAAGGUAGUCCUGGUCUGGUUUUCCAGAACCACAGUCCAAGCUCCCCAUUCAUCUCCAUACCUAAACGGUGAAGUCAACAUUCGUUGGCUAACCAGCUGCGGUCGCCGAUAAAUGCUAUCGAUUCUUCGUUGAAUCUGUGUUUUUAGAAAUGUAUCUAUGUUUCUCCAAGAAUGUCUCCAAGUCCUUAGGUAUAGUGUGUUCACAGUUCCUCACAAGAGGGCUCUUGUAAUUUUCAUUUUGGUCUCCGGUGAGUGAUUUCUGAUUUGGUUUUCUUGUAGCAUUCACAUUUUUAACUGCGGCAUUCUUCGUGGUAAAAUUUAUCAACUUGUGCUUUCUCAAACUA